AGUGCAGCAUAGUUUUCCAUUAUGGUCGGUUGGGUUGACUCGAAGUCGUGGUCGUUGUCGUCACCUUCAUCGUUUUGCUGAUGUUGGAAACUCAGCAGCUCUCACACAACGAGUAGUUGUCGCAUACUGUAUGGCAGAGUGUUGAUCCAAUUUUUCUCGCAUUACGAAAAUCCCAUUUUUGGGAAAUUGAGCUUUGCCGUUUAUGAGACGUUCGUUCAAGAGACUGACUGGAGAAGGGUUGAGUUUUCUUUUUCUUGUGCUUUCGUGGAGACGUUUGCAGUAAGUGCAAUUUCGAAGAAACGUGUUCCGAUUUAGUGCAUCGGAGAAAAUUAAGAUAAAACGAUAUCUUUAGAUUGCUGGUGCAGCAGCACGUAAUCUAGUGCGGUUAUGAGCAGUGUGGGAAAGUCUUGACUGUGAGAAAUUGAACUACCUUACGGCAGUCGGGGACUAGUUGGUUGUGUAGAUAUAGAUAUCGCAUACUCUGGGAGAGUGAAGAAGCAAAAAUUGAUUUAAUACAUGGAAUAUGAAGUAGACGACAGCUUUUGUGAAGUGAAUUGUGAAAUUAUAGAGUGAAAAUACGCGAGUGCUUUAUUGGAGAUUAGAGAAUUCAUGUGGUCCAUUAAUACUAUUUGGAAUUAAAAAUCAGCCUGUUCUAUCCGGGAUCAAUAGUAGUUCAACAUCGCCGUCGUCGACCAGCCGGACGUUCUAGCGGAAACGAAGAAAGUGCUGCAAAUUAGCCAACAUGAAUCGAUUGUCACGCGGUUACCGCUGUGCGUAGAGAUCUCUCUCCAGACCGUGGAGGGAGAUAGUAUGAUCUUGGAGGUUUGGUUCCUCAGUGUACAGGCGGACCAGUGCGACCCGCAGUCGCGAACCACACACUCGGUCUACAAUCGUAUGGGACUGCUGUUGAAGUCGUUGCUCUCGGUUACCCGGUCGACACCCGCGUACAAACUUUCCCGCCGGCAGAGUGCGGAUUCGUAUCAAAUCUUCUACCGGAUCUAUAUCGGCGAAACGCAGACCCACCAGUUGGGCGAUGGUCACAAGCAGAUACGCGUCGGACAGUUGUGCACCCAAAUUGGAACGCUAGCCAUGGCAGUAGCCUACCGUACCAAGAUGACUAUCUCGCCCACGCAAACCGGACGGGAUAACACAAUUAUGCUGAAGAGUGAUCACUUCCUCAAGGAUAUCAGCCCCAAGCACAUCCGGUAUAACUUCAACAAGAAAAAUGAAAAGAAAAUCAUCGACUUGGACAAACCGAUGCGAUGCGGUGCCUUCGUGGACCCAUCGCGAAUCAAGCCUCCGUUCACCGAAGAUGACUUCAUCCUCAAGGAGACGCCGCCCUUCCAUUGGUUGCUCCCGAAGCCCAAGGAUGAUACCAGCUCGCUCAAGAGCGGCACCGAUGAGGACCGGCAGUCGAUCAAUUCACCGACAAGCAUUACCGCGCCCGCCGCGGCCCUGGCAUCCGACGAGAACCUGUCCUCCAAUGCGAACAACGUGAACAACAACAGCCAUCACAGCCAGAAGGGAUCGUUGGAAUCGACGACGGCACCGAUGGCCACAGCGCCCGUGAACUUCCGAUUAUCGCAGUCACCCAAGAGCGGCGAAUCGAACCUGAUCGCAGGGGUUGUAGCUGGGGCAGCCACCACCGGAUCGAACCAAGGCUCGCCAACUCCCUCGUUGACCGGGGAAAACCGGAGAUCCUCGCGGUGGACCAACCGGGCGGUACCCGAGGACGAGCGGUUGCUCAAAGAGCUGCACUUCCCCUUCGCCGCAUCCAACUCGCCGAUCGGCGACCUGGCCAAGUUCUACCGGGAGUGCUUCAACGCUCCCCCGCUGCAGGAGUUCAACCAGCUGUCGAAUGUGAUCUCCAACGUCGACGACGAGGAGGCCCCCAAUGCCGACGAUGGCGGCCGCAUACUGGCCGGGGCCGACGAGGACGACGAAGACGUCGACGACGUGACGCGACAGCUGGAGCAGUUCGAAACGUCCCUGCCGGAGUUCGAAACGCUGGUAACGUCCCUCUGUCAUUCGAUCGAUAGUAAUUCCAACAGUUAGAGCCAGCCUCCUCCUUCUUCUCCUCUGGCCAGUCAGUGGACGGUUUUGGGCUCCCCCCAGAGGGUCUCUCCGCCGGAUGAGAGACGUUGUUGACCUCUUGUUGAUUCUAGUGUGCAGUGGGGCGGGUAUCUUAUUGCAGUUUUUCUUAGUCGUUUAAGAGAGAACAGUCUGAUUGAUGAUAUUCAUCUAUAAACCAUUUUUUUAUUUUAAACUUGAUUUUUUCUAGGGUUAGGAGAGACGGUAGCUUAGCGAUUACAAUAUAAUAAGGACAGUUAUAUCAUUAUUCAGUUUUGGGACAGGUAAAUUGUGUAUUAUAGUUAACCGAUUGAGGAGAACAGAUAGCAUAGGAUGGACGAAGAAGGAAGAGUUACUAAUUGCUGUAAAUACUUCGGAAAGGGCUUUUUUAUUCGUAAGGAAGACGUGGUGGACCAUGAGAGGGAAAACGAAAGAAAGGAUUUACAAAAGGUAGUACACAAUAUUUAAGCGAAAAGAAACAAAGUUCCUUGUCUUCAUAUUGCUUUACUUCAUUCUAGGAUUGGCUUUUACUCUGUUUUCAUUAUCCUUAAAAUAUUGAGUAAUUAUAGACCCUUUCUUAACAUUUUCUCUGAGUCAUAGCUGUAAAUAGCAAAUCAAGCAUGAGAGCAAAUUCGAUUCAUUCGUUUGCUGAUUCACACUGUACAGUGGGAUGAAACUACAUAAUACUAAACUAGUAGUCGUUGGCUUGAAACCGUAUCGUCUGUUUGCGUGUAAAAUUUGCAAAAAUGGAAUCGUGAAGUUUUCCAAAACCUAUCAUUGAAAAAAAAUCUUCUUGAUUUUCUCUGACAUUUCUGCCAGAUAUUGUCUAAUUGAGCUUUUGGAAUGCUUUGUAAAAUUCCGGUACAUCGUAAACCGUUAAAAUUCCCUGAUGCUUGUGGCAUAUUAAAACGUUAAUGAUAAAUAUUCAGUAAGAUUUAUAUAAAGAAAGGUGGAAAGAUCUGUCCUUAUGAUCCUCUCAAUACUACCAUUAAAUUUUGUGUGUACCCUAAACUAUUUGAUAGCUAUACCUAAUCUAUCGUUUCAAACCAGUGACAUUUAAAAAUUGCGAUUUUCCGUUUUUCCCAGUACGAUUCAAAUUUCCGUUUCGCAGACGCUGGUUGGCAGAUUUAGGCGCUUGGCGACUUCUUUGCCAGCUUUGCGUCCGUUCCAAACGGUCACUUGAAAGAACCCGCAAACGAAUCAAUCGAUGCUGCUCUCCGCAAUCAAAUCUAAGCUUAAACCUAAAAAAUCAGUUAUUUGAUGUUUUAUAAGACGAAGCAGAGCAUAUUUUAACUCUAAACUUUAUUUUGUAAUCAAACAAGUAAAAAGUAGCAAAUAAGCAGAGCUUAAUCGCUUUACA